UCCUUCAGCUGGUUAUCGCUUCUCGGCCUCCUAGGCUAAGAUCAAAGUGUAGUAUCUGUUCUUAUCAGCUUGAUCGCUGGUACCCGGCGCACUCCGUCGGUACGCGAUUGAACAUAUUUUUGUGAACGGAUGAAAGUCUAGGCUUGCCUAGACCUCAUCACGGGUUGACCUGGCAUUGCAGUACCGCCAGGAACGGCCCACAUAAAAAACAAUCCAAAAGCAGAAGCACCAAGAGUAUCAGCUGACUUGUCUCUCUCUCUCGGCUUGUCAGUUUGUUCCUUUUUUUUCCCCUUUUAGGUUUCCCUCCUUUCGAAAAUUUUUUGGCGGUUUUGUUGUUUUCGCAUUCGUCCGAUUAGUUGGUUUUUUCGUCAACAGAUGGAGCCACUUAUUCGAAUUUCGGAAAGAUAAUCAUUUUUGUUUCUUUUCUCUUUUUUUUUCAUUUUAUUCUUUCAUCAAACUUAAACUGAUUCACUUAUUUUUCCGUCACCAAGUUUUUUUUUUGUUUAUUUGUUUCUUUUCCUCUGAAAAUAUUUUCUACUUUUAUUCUGUUUAAUCAAUUGAUUUGAUUUUGAGAAUUAUUCUUUUUUCUCCUUGUGAUGAUUGUGUCUAAGUUUGUGUGAAAUUUUUUCUUUGGUUGUGUUUUAGUUUUUAUAUCUUGAUUCCUUUUGGUUUUCUAUCGUUUCAUCAUUAAGCCUUUUUGUGGAUUAAUUUUCUGUGGUGUCUUUUUGGUUUUGUGUGUUUCUUUUUUUUCCCCCGUAUGGAUUUAUUGUUAAUUCCAUUUCCAAUGGAUUAUUUAUUAUCUUAAAAUUAAUUUAACAACAUUUUUGUAUUGAAAGUAAACAAGAGACAGAGAAAAGAAAUAAUCAAAUCAGCUUGAAAAUGGUCAUCGUAACAAAGGGUGAUUAUAUUUGGAUUGAGCCUCAAUCUAAAAAAGAAUUCGAUGUUGCCAUUGGAGCUCGGGUUAUUGCUUCAGAAGGAAGAAGAAUCAAAGUAGAAGAUGAUGACAAAAAGGAGCAAUGGCUUACACCGGAACGACGAAUAAAAGCAAUGCAUCCAUCAUCAAUUAAAGGGGUUGUGGAUAUGAUUUCCCUCGGGGACCUUCAUGAGGCUGGAAUACUACGUAAUCUUCUCAUCCGAUACAAUGAGAAUCUCAUUUAUACAUACACCGGUUCAAUUUUGGUCGCUGUAAAUCCAUAUCAAAUACUUCCCAUUUACACAGCUGAACAAAUUCAGUUAUACAGGGACAGGAAGAUUGGUGAAUUAGAGCCACAUAUAUUUGCCAUUGGAGACAAUGCUUACAAUAAUAUGAGAAGAUACCAGCAAGAUCAGUGUAUCAUCAUUAGUGGUGAAAGUGGAGCUGGAAAGACAGAGAGUACAAAAUUGAUCUUACAAUAUUUUGCUGCAAUUAGUAGGCAACAUUCAUGGAUCGAGAGACAAAUUCUAGAAGCAAACCCAAUCUUGGAAGCUUUCGGCAAUGCCAAGACAGUCCGUAACGACAACUCAUCGCGGUUUGGUAAAUACAUUGAAAUUGAUUUCAACAAACCAGGAUUCAUUGAGGGAGCCAAAAUUGAUCAAUAUUUACUUGAAAAGUCACGGAUUGUGCUACAAGCUCAGGAUGAACGAAAUUAUCAUAUAUUCUAUUGUAUGUUGGCCGGAAUGUCAAAAGAGGAUAAAAUUCGUCUCGAAUUGUCCGAUGCAUCUAAAUUUUUCUAUCUCACUCAAGGAGGUUGUAUCACUUGUGAAGGGAGAGAUGAUGCAGCUGAAUUUGCCGAUAUAAGGUCAGCAUUGAAGAUUCUCAACUUUACCGAACAAGAUUUUUGGGAAGUUCUCAAAAUUUUGGCCGCUCUUUUACAUAUUGGAAAUAUCAAGUAUAAAGCUACAAUUGUCAAUAACUUAGAUGCCACCGAGAUAACCAAUGCUGGAAGUGCUGGAAGUGCAGCUAAAUUACUGGAGGUUAAUCAUCAACAUUUAAUGGACGCACUGACCACUAGAACCAUUUUCGCUCACGGAGAUACCGUUGUCUCUAAAAUGUCCUCAAGUCAAUCGGUUGAUGUUCGAGAUGCUUUUGUCAAAGGGAUUUAUGGUCGCAUGUUUGUCUGGAUUGUCAACAAGAUUAAUUCAACAAUUUACAAACCUAAAUCAAGUUCAAAUCAUUAUCGAACCUCAAUCGGUGUUCUUGAUAUAUUUGGAUUUGAAAAUUUUAACGUCAAUAGUUUUGAACAAUUUUGUAUUAACUAUGCAAAUGAAAAUUUGCAACAAUUUUUCGUUAAACAUAUAUUCAAAUUGGAACAGGAAGAAUAUAAUCAUGAGAGUAUUAAUUGGCGUCACAUUGAAUUUGUUGACAAUCAAGAAGCUCUCGAUUUAAUUGCUGUUAAACCUUUAAACAUCAUGGCUCUGGUUGAUGAGGAAUCCAAAUUUCCCAAAGGAACUGAUAAAACUUUGUUGAAUAAGUUACACCAAACUCAUGGUGGUAACAAUAAUUAUCUUCAACCUAAAUCAUAUGUUAAUCAAUCGUUUGGAAUUAAUCAUUUUGCUGGAGUUGUUUUCUAUGACACCCGAGGAUUUUUGGAGAAAAAUCGAGAUACAUUUAGCGCUGAUUUAAUUCAUUUAAUCCAAGUGAGCAAGAAUAAGUUCCUUCAGUCUUUGUUCAUUCAAGAUAUUGGAAUGGGAACCGAUACAAGGAAGAAAACUCCAACUUUAAGUGCUCAAUUUAAACGAUCACUUGACUCACUGAUGAGACAAUUAAGUCAAUGUCAUCCAUUUUUCAUACGAUGUAUUAAACCCAACGAAUAUAAAAGACCGAUGAUGUUUGACCGAGAAUUAUGCUGUAAGCAACUUCGAUAUUCUGGAAUGAUGGAGACCAUUCGUAUUCGCCGAGCAGGUUAUCCAAUUCGACAUACAUUCCUUGAGUUCGUGAAAAGAUACCAAUUUCUUGUUAAUGGAAUUGAACUUGCCCACAAACUUUCCGAUUGUAAGCCCGUUGUGUCCCACAUUUGUUCCCAAGUGUUUGGUAAUAAAGCGGACUAUCAAUUGGGCAAAACUAAAGUGUUUCUCAAAGAUGCACAUGACUUAUUUUUGGAACAGGAAAGAGAUCGAGUGUUAACUAAGAAAAUGAUGACCGUCAAUCAAGUUUUUAAGGCCUGGUUUUAUCGGAAAAAGUUUCUUCGCACAAAAAACUCAACCAUUAUUAUCCAACGUUUCUGGCGUAGUUAUAUUCAACGUAAACGUUAUCAAGCAAUGAGAACAGGUUACCAACGAUUACAAGCACUGAUUCGAUCUCGUAUUUUAACCCAUCGUUUUAAACAUCUUCGUGGACAUAUUGUUUCGUUACAAUCUCGAUGUCGGGGAUACUUGGCUCGUCGAGAGUUUAACAAAAAGUUUUGGGCAACAAUUAAAAUUCAAGCCUUUAUUCGUGGUGCAAUUGCCAGGAAACGUUAUGGUAAAUUGAAGAUUGAAUUUCGCCAGAAAAUGGAAGCUCUUGAAUUAAGGUUACAAGAGGAGGCUCAUUACCGUAAACAAAUGAAUCCACAGAAAGCAAAGGAAAUCGCUGAGGCCAAUUAUUUGCAACGGCUUAAAAAACUUGAAAUUGCUCAACAAGAAGAAGAGAUUAUUGGUAAAAAGAUCAUCGAGGAGAAAAAAGCAGUGAUCACUGAUGCAGUUCAUCGGCAAGAUGAAGCUCUGGAUGAUUCCAAGUUAGUUGAUGCCAUGUUUGACUUUCUUCCAAGAACCGAAACCUCAAGUGAAACAAACAUGAUACCAAGUGCAUUCAAAGACCUUGAACAGAAACACCGAUCAGGUGAACAAGUAUCCGAUGGUGAACCGGAAAACAUUAUACCGGUUCCACAUGAAGAGGAUCAUGAAGAUCUGUCCGAAUAUAAGUUCCAAAAGUUUGCCACAACCUAUUUCCAAGGAAAUGCAGCUUAUUCAUACCAAAGGAAACCAAUUAAACAACCGUUACUCCCUUUACCCACCCAAGGUGAUUGUAUGGCUGCAGUCGCACUUUGGAUAACCAUUUUACGAUUCAUGGGAGAUCUUGCCGAGCCCAAAUUUCAUACCAUGGCUCGUGAUAAUACCUCUGUAAUGACCAAAGUAUCGGCUACUUUGGGUCGUAAUUUUAUCAAAUCAAAAGAGUUUCAAGAAGCUCAAGCAAUGGGCUUAGAAAUGGAAAACAGUGAACCCGCUCGACCCGCUAAACGAAGUAUUAGAAAUAAAUUAGUUUCACUUACAUUGAAAAAGAAAAAUAAACUCAGUGAAGAUGUGCGAAAACGCCUUCAAGAAGAUGAUAUUGCCGCGGAUACUUAUUCAAGUUGGCUUGAAUCUCGACCAACAUCCAACCUGGAGAAACUUCACUUUAUCAUUGGUCACGGAAUUUUAAGAGAUGAACUUAGAGACGAAAUUUAUUGUCAAAUUUGUAAACAAUUGACCGCUAAUCCAAAUAAGAGUUCACAUGCUCGAGGUUGGAUCUUGUUAAGCUUGUGUGUCGGUUGUUUUGCUCCCUCCUCGAAAUUUGUAAAAUAUUUGCUCAAUUUUAUUCGAGAAGGUCCACCCGGAUACGCACCUUAUUGUGAAGAUCGACUUCGUCGUACCUUUGCCAACGGAACUCGAGGUCAACCACCAUCAUGGUUAGAAUUGCAAGCAACUAAGUCAAAAAAACCUCUCAUGCUGCCAAUCACUUUCAUGGAUGGUAACACCAAGACACUUCUCGCUGAUUCAGCAACAACAGCGCGUGAACUUUGCGCCCAAUUGUCGGAAAAGAUUAACCUUAAAGAUCAAUUUGGUUUCUCUCUUUACAUUGCCCUUUUUGACAAAGUUUCCUCCCUCGGAAGUGCCGGUGAACAUGUUAUGGAUGCGAUCUCUCAAUGUGAACAAUAUGCCAAAGAACAAGGAGCUCAAGAACGAAACGCUCCAUGGAGACUAUUUUUCCGUAAAGAAAUUUUCGCCCCCUGGCAUGAUCCAACCGAGGACACGGUGGCAACUAAUUUGAUCUUCCAACAAGUUGUUCGAGGUGUUAAAUUUGGUGAAUAUCGAUGUGACAAGGAGGAAGAUCUUGCAAUGAUCGCAGCUCAACAGUAUUAUAUUGAUUUCGGCGAUGAAUUAGUUCCCGAUAAGUUAAUCACUUCACUACCCAAUUAUAUUCCUGAUCAUUGUUUCCAAACAAAUGAGAAAAACAUUGAACGAUGGGCUAAUUUGAUAGCUAGUGCUUAUAAAAAGAGUUACUAUUAUCGUGAAAGGGUUUCCCCGCUCAAGGUUAAGGAAGAUGUUGUCGAAUAUGCCAAAUUUAAAUGGCCUCUCCUAUUUUCCCGUUUCUAUGAAGCUCUUCGUGUCUCUGGUCCCAAUUUACCCAAAAACGAUGUUAUCGUAGCCAUCAACUGGACAGGAAUUUAUUUCGUUGAUGACCAAGAGCAAGUUCUCCUUGAAUUGUCCUUCCCUGAAACAACAUCAGCUCAAAGUGAAAAAAGUGCCAGACCAUUUAUGCAAAAUUUCAGUAUAACAACAAUACGACGGGAAGAGUUUGUCUUCCAAUCGCCCAAUUCAGCGGAUAUUUGUGAUUUGGUCAAUUUCUUCCUGGAUGGACUAAAGAAACAGUCUAAAUUUGUCAUCGCCAUUCAAGAUUACAAAGGGGAAGGUCAAACAACCCUUGCCUUUAAUCAGGGUGACCUGUUGAUCCUUGAUGAAGGUUAUACCGGUGAACAUGUAAUGAAAAGCGGUUGGGCUGUUUGUAAACUUGAAAAAAGCGGAGAGCGAGGGGAUGUACCAACCGAGUAUAUUUACGUUUUACCGACCACAACCAAACCACCGAAUAAUAUAUUAGCCCUUUUCACGGAGGACAUUAAUUUCGGAGACAAUUCAUCAAGUGGACGUAAUGGUCUACCUUAUGGUGGACACAUGAAUGGUUUUGAUAAUAAUGAGAAGCCUCAUACUCUUGAAGAGUAUGCUCUAGAUCACUUUAGAGCACCACCCAAACACACCUUACCUCGAACAUUAACCUUCUCAUCGGCUCGUCGUCGUAAUAAUGAUCAACUUUGGCGUCACUCAAGGGAACCAAUUAAACAACCUCUUCUCAAAAAGCUACUUAAUAAGGAGGAAUUUAAUCAGGAAGCUUGUUUUGCAUUCAAUGCGAUUCUCAAGUAUAUGGGUGAUCUUCCCUCUCGACGAACUCGAAGUGGAAAUGAUCUGACCGAUCAAAUUUUUGAGGGUCCACUUAAAUUUGAUAUACUUAGAGAUGAAAUUUAUUGCCAAAUUAUGAAACAACUAACAGAUAACAAGAACAGGUUAAGUGAGGAAAGAGGUUGGGAACUUAUGUGGCUUGCAACGGGACUUUUUGCUCCAAGUCAAAUUUUACUUAAAGAAUUGAUGAUCUUCCUCCGUACCCGACGUCAUCCCAUUGCCAUCGAUUGCCUUCAAAGGCUACACAAAACUUUACGAAAUGGUCAACGAAAGUAUCCACCCCACCUUGUUGAAGUCGAGGCCAUUCAACAUAAGACUACUCAGAUAUUUCAUAAAGUCUAUUUUCCUGAUGAUACGGAUGAGGCUUUUGAAGUUGAUUCCAGUACACGGGCCAAGGAUUUCUGUCUGGAUAUUGCUCAAAGAUUGAAUCUCAGAUCAGCUGAAGGAUUUAGUUUAUUUGUUAAAAUCGCCGAUAAAGUGAUAAGUGUUCCCGAAGGCGAUUUCUUUUUUGAUUUUGUUAGACAUUUAACCGAUUGGAUUAGGAAAGCAAGACCAUCUCGAGACGGUUCUAUUCCUCAAUUCACUUAUCAAGUUUUCUUCAUGAAAAAAUUAUGGACCAAUACAGUUCCAGGGAAAGAUGUAAAUGCCGAUAUUAUUUUCCAUUAUCAUCAAGAAUUACCCAAAUUACUUCGUGGUUAUCAUAAAUGUUCAAAGGACGAUGCUGUCCGAUUGGCAGCCAAUAUUUAUCGAGUCAGAUUCGGCGAAAGUAAAAAUGCUCAAUCAUUACCCAACAUGUUACACGAAUUGAUUCCCGCUGAUUUAGUCAAAAUUCAACCACCAAGUGAAUGGAAAAAGCAAAUUAUUCAAUAUUAUAAUCAAGAUGCCGGAAUGAAUUCUGAGAAUGCUAAGAUCGCUUUCUUGAAAUAUGUCUACAAAUGGCCAACCUUUGGUUCAGCGUUUUUCGAGGUUAAACAAAACGGAGACACAAAUUAUCCUGAACAUUUACUAAUCGCAAUAAACAAACACGGUGUUAGCUUAAUUGAUCCAGUUUCCAAAGAUAUCCUAGUGACCCAUGCAUUUACCCGUAUCUCCAACUGGUCAAGCGGAAACACCUAUUUCCAUAUGACCAUCGGUAAUCUUGUCAGAGGAAGUAAAUUACUUUGUGAAACACCCUUAGGAUAUAAAAUGGACGAUCUAUUAACAUCUUAUAUAAGCUUAAUGCUGAGUAAUAUGAAUAAAACGAGGGUUAAAUAAUGAUA